CGUGCGCCGAAAAAGCAGAACCUGCGCUUUUACUUGGCAUGGAAAUAAAAGCGAGGGCAGGGAAGGGGAGAAUACUGCCGAGCGCAGAGGCGCCGGGGAAGCGGCAACCGGGUCGGGUCCCAUCUUCCCCAGCGCCUCCGCCCCACUCGGGGUACCGAAAGCCCCAAACACCGCGUCCCCCGCCCCCCGUUAAACCGCCCUUAAGCAAAUGAAGGCAGCUGGCCUUGGCGCCGACGAGGAAGUGCCGCUCUGCCGAAACCCAGCCGCUGAGGAAACUCGAAAAUGAGGAAGCGGGCGCUCCAGUCAUCCUGAACGGACCCGGGGCUCCUUCGGCGGGGCCCGGCAGGCGUGGCCCGCGAGAGACCGCCGAGCCCAGGCCGGCCUUCUUCGCCGCGGACACUCGGGCUGCUGCUUCGGCGAAAGGGCGCGACAAGCGAGGAAGAAGGCUCGGCGGCUUGCGGGUCGAGCCUCGCCCAGGCAGGUGGCCGGCGGCCGGUCUCCAAGCCCGCGCUCUCUUCUAUCCUCUCACCCCUAGCCCCCGGCCUGGGAAGGCCGCGGCUCCUGAGGAGAGACAGAGACGUCACGUCAGUUUUCCCGCCCAUUCCCCUCAGGUAAGAGACGCUUCUUCUCCCUCAGUUGAAGGAGGGACGGGGGGACGGGACGGGGGAGGAUGGGAACGAAGAGAGCCACGGCUUGGGGCCUGAGGGCAGUGCCGGGUUUACGUAUAAGCUAAACUAGCUAUAGCUGAGGCCCCAAUAAAAUUUAAAACCCUGGGUGUACAUUUCCAAAAUAUGAGAUAAUAAAUAAAAUAAAACCUACACAAAACAACAGUGUUUUGUGUUGUGUAGGCUCCUGUGAUGUAAGUAAUGGGCCCUGCCUCCUAGCCUAGAACAUCAAUGGUUUGCUCAUUUCUAGAUAUACCUCAGGUUAAGUACUUAAUUCGUUCUAGACGUCCGUUCUUAACCUGAAACUGUUCUUAACCUGAGGUACCACUUUAGCUAAUGGGGCCUACCACUGCCGCCUCACGAUUUCUGUUCUCAUCCUGAAGCAAAGUUCUUAACCUGAAGCAGUAUUUCUGGGUUAGCGGAGUCUGUAACCGGAAGCGUAUGUAACCUGAAGCGUCUGUAACCCGAGGUACCACUGUAUAGGGUGCCUACAUUCUGCGUGUGCAAAUGGCUUUAGAUACCUACGAGGUCCAUAAAGCACCAUAUAUUCAACACACACAAAAAGCAACAAUUUGUUGUUGAGAAAGGACAGCUGGACAUAUAAAGAGCCCCAUUACCUUCAGUAGCUUAGGGCCUCAUCAAACCUAAAUCCGGCCCUGCCUGAGGGGGUCGCUUGGCUGAAGAAAUUCACGCGGGAAAGAGCUGGGGUGGGGAAGGGGGGCAAGAGUGAAGUGGUACAUCUCUCUCUCUCCCCCCCCCCCACCGCCAUAAGUAAAAGUAAUAAUAAUAAUUAUUUAUUAUUAUUACUCUGGUACUCUGGGUGGCAGCCAACAGAAUAUUAAAAACAGAAUAAAACAUCAAACAUUAAAAACUUCCCUAAACAGGGCUGCCUUCAGAUGUCUUCUAAAAGUCAGAUAGUUGUUUAUUUCCUUGACAUCUGAUGGAAGGGCGUUCGACAGGACGGGUGCCACCACUGAGAAGGCCCUCUGCCUGGUUCCCUGUAACCUCACUCCUCACAGGGAGGGAACUGCCAGAAGGCCUUCGGUGCUGGAUCUCAGCAUCCGGGCUGAAUGAUGGGGGUGGAGACGCUCCUUCAGGUAUACUGGGCCGAGGCCAUUUAGGGCUUGAAAGGUCAGCACCAACACUUUGAAUUGUGCUUGGAAACGUACUGGUAAAAAGGUAAAGGACCCCUGGACCCAAGAGCCCAUACCCAGCAGGCAUUAAUCGGGCCAGAAAGAAAGCCACAAGGGGCAGUGCAUGAAUGGCAGGGUGAUUUGGCACCCCGGCAUUACAUUGGACCAGGGUGAAAAAAGGUAAUGGACCCCUGAACAGUAAAGUACAGUAAGAGGUGACUAUGGGGUUGCAGGGGUCAUCUCGCUUCAGCGGCAUUUGUCCACAGACAGCUUUCCAGGUCAUGUGGGCAGCAUGACUAAACCACUUCUGGUACAACGGGACACUGUGAUAGAAACCAGAGCACACAGAAACACAUUUUACCUUCCCGCCACAGCAGUACCUGUUUAUCUUCCUGCACUGGCGUGCUAGGUUGGCAGGAGCUCGGACAGAGCAACGGGAACUCACCCCAUCACGGGGAUUCGAACCGCCAACCUUCCGAUAGGUAGCCCCUAUCUGGACAGGGAUAGCCUAACUACUGUUGACUAUGCUCUGGUAACCUCAAGGUCAGAUUACUGCAAAGGGCCUCUGAAGACAGUUCAGAAACUGCGGAAUUCAGCUGCCAGGUUGCUCACUGGAGCAAGACGGUUUGAGCAUAUUACACUGAUCCUGGUCCGACUGCGCUGGAUACCAUUUAGUUUCUGGGCCCGAUUCAAAGUGCUGGUUUUGACCUAUAAGGCCUUAAACUGCUCAGGACUGCAAUACCUCAAGAACCGCCUCUUUCCUUAUGAACCUACCCAGACUCUGAGAUCAUCUUCUGAGGCCCUUCUUCGUGUGCUUCUUCGAGAGGUCUGGAGGGUGGCAACAUGAAAAAGGGCCUUCUCUGCAGUGGCUCCACGUCUGUUGAAUGCUCUUCCCAGGGAAGUUCGCCUGGUGUGUUCAUUAUACACCUUUAGGUGCCAGGCAAAAACGUCUGAAGAAGUGUGCAUGUACAUGAAAGCUUAUACCCAGAACAAACUUAGUUGGUCUCUAAGGUGCUACUGGACAAUUUUUUAAUUAUUUUGACUGCGUCAGACCAACACGGCUACCUACCCAAACCUUUUUAACCAGGCCUUUAGUUGAUCCGAUUUACAUCCUAUGCCCUUUUAAAAUGUUCUUUUGGGGGGGAGUGUUAUUGGGUUGUUAUUUUGAUUAUAUGUAUUGUGGUUUUAUAUUUUUAUUUUGUUCUGUGAACUGCCCUGAGACCUCCGGGUAUAGGGCGGUAUGUAAAUUCAAUAAAUAAUAAAUAAAAGCAAUAAGGACACAUGCUACAAAAAACAAAGCAAAAAAAACCCCUCUUGCAGCCAUUCCUUUUUCUCUGUGCAAGUCUGUGGUCAUUCCUUUUUUGGUUGUUCCUCCUUGUAGUUCCCUAUAGCAAAAUCUGAGCAAAAAAACAACACAAAACUAAAUGCUUGGAAGGAUUUCAUAAUUUCUUCACUUGGUUUCGGUCUCAACAAUAUUGCAGUUUAUUCAUUUUGAAAGAAGCAUGAAUAUUUUUAUUUUAAUAACAGUAUGGUAAAGUUUGGGGGGAAAGGGAAGGGGAGCUGGACAUGGGGAUGGGAACCCAAGCCUGUCUUUUGUAACACUCUUGUGCAGGCUUUAAUUUGGUUGAGUCUGUUGAAUGCAAAACAGAAUUCAGGUUUCACUACUGGGGCAAAGGAACAUCAUGUUUGUUUCUACAUUGUAGAAGUUUGCUUGAAGUGAAACAUCAAAUGCAUCAUUUUUAGAAGGUGCAUUUGGGUUCGCCACACUCCAUUAUGAAACUUUCAACUUCUGCUACAUGCAGUCAGUGUGAUAAACGGGGAAAUAUUUUCAGGGCUGACUCCCCCUCCCCCUUUGUGCUUCUUGUGUGAAGAGAAGAAAUAAACAAUCUAAUUCAGCCAUGCCCUUAUUUCUGUAUGUUUUUAUUUAUUGGACAUAUUGGUCACUUUUUAAAAAACAAUAUGUUAACUCAAAGUGACCUACAAUUAUUUAGUCUAAUGCAACUAAAAUAUAGCAUCAUGGAACUGCAUUGGUCCAAUUGGUUCAAAUCAGUGCUGCAAAAUUGUUAACUGGGAGCGGGCAAUUUCAACAUAUCGCAACAGUGUUUUAACAGCCAAGCAGGCUCCCAGUCUUUCUGGACCCAUUUCAUUGUCUUGGUUUUAACAUUUAAAGCGCUUAACAGGCUGGGACCAGGAUAGCUGAAAGAUCAUCUAUUCCCAUAUAUACUUAUACAGACCUUAAGAUCCUCUUCAGAGGACCCAUGAAGUGAAACAGGUGGUACCAGGGAGAAUGUGCUCCCUCAGGAGGGCCACAGUACAGUGGUACCUUGGGUUAAGAACUUAAUUCGUUCUGGAGGUCCGUUCUUAACCUGAAACUGUUCUUAACCUGAGGUACCACUUUAGCUAAUGGGGCCUCCCGCUGCCACCGCACCACCACCGCACAAUUUCUGUGCUCAUCCUGAAGCAAAUUUCUUAACCCAAGGUACUAUUUCUGGAUUAGCAGAGUCUGUAACCUGAAGCGUCUGUAAUGCGAGGUACCACUGUAUUUUCUUCAAGGCCAUUUGGGCACCAGGUUUAGUCUUCCAGUCCUUUUUUUUAACAAACUACCAGUAUGUUUAGUGUUCUGAACUACUGGCUUUGUUUUUUCUCUUUGCUAGCAGCUUUUAUUCUGGAAGUAUUUUUCCAUGUAUAAGAUGCCCCCAUGUAUAAGACGACCCCUAUUUUUUUAACCCAAAAUUAAGAAAAUGAAACCUUAAAAUAGAAGUGAAAAUCUGGAUGAUUGGUGGUGGCAAGUUGUUGAUCUUUUGGGGGGCAAUUGCCCUCAAAGUUUCCAGCAUGAGGUGCAUGCAGUGCACCGUGGUGCAGAAGCAAAGGCAGUGACGGGGGCUCCACAUGCUCCCCCUCGGUGGUAGCUGCUGCUGUGGGGAAGCAGGCUCCCAAGCAAGAUGCCAAGGAAGAGCCGGGGGAAGGCAGCGGCCACUCUGCGUCAGGCCAUGCCGUCGAGCAAACUGAGCUGAGGAAGGUGAUGAGCAGGCUGGGGGCAGGGUGGGAGUUUGAGAGGGGAAGAGGAAAAAAAGGAAAGAAGGGCAAGGAGAGGUAGCUGAAGCAGCUCUCAGUGGCGGCAGCGGCGGCUGCUCUCGAUCCGGUGGUCGAGCCAGUGGGGGCUUCAGGAGGCGAGCCAGUUGGCAGCAUGCAGCCCGGGGGGGGGGGGGGAGAAAGGUGGGAUGGUAGCAGGAGGGACCGCCUCAGUCUGCCCAAGCCAAAAUCCCAGACAUAUGCUUAAAUAUUUUUUAAAAUUCCCCCAGAUGCCCAUGUUCCGUGUGCAAGACGACCCCCAUUUUUUUAGAGCAAAAAACCUCGUCUUAUACAUGGAAAAAUACAGUGAUAUUACUGGGCUGCUUUUUAUAAAUACAAUAAUAAAAUAUAUAAGUAAACCUUAGGACUUGAUGGUUGCAAUGUGCUCUAUACAGGGUUACCCUUGCACCUAGUACAGAAGCUACAACUGGUGCAAAAUGCCGUGGCUAGCCUGCUGGUGGAGACAGACCAUGGCCAGCACACAGCUCCAGUGCUUAAAAGCUUGCACUAGCUGCUCAUGCAUUACUGGUAGCCAGAUUCAAAGUUCUCGUAUCAAUAUACAAGGCCCUCCACAAUAAGGGUCCAGUAGAUCUUAAGAACUGCCUGAUCUUUUAUAUCCUGGCCCAAUUACCAAGAUCUAUGCAAGAAUCUCUGUUGGUGGUUUCCAAUGAUUUAGAGGCACAGCUCAUAACUACUAGAUGUGCAUUCAGUGUGCUGUGUCCAAGCCUGUGGCACACCCUCCCAGGUGAAAUUAGACAGGCACACUCCUUUCUAGCUUCAGGUGCAUGACGAAGUCUAUCUUCUUCCAGCAGACCAGGUUUUAUGGUAAAGUUUUAAUGUUUUAUUAUCCUGUAUUUGUCAUGCAUUUGUUUUCUGUAGAUUGUUUUUAUGUACACUGCCAUGAAAUGCAAACAAUUAAGUGAUAUAUAAAUGUCUUCAACAAACGAAUAAAAGAUAGAAUGUAGCUAGACGUCCCAGAUGGGAUUGUAAAUCCCAGUUUUCACCAAGAGAGACAUCUAGCAAUUAAGUCUUGCCUGAACAGUACAGUGCAUAUGUGCAUUAUCCUGUUUAUGAUUUCCAAUCCGAAAAGAUAGAAAUCAGUGUGCAGAAAUCUUGUUUCUGCUUGUAGAUCUUUCUUGUUGAAUGAUGGUGAAUAUGUUUAAAGAGUAUUAUUUUAUUCCUUGUCAAAAUAAAAACUGAGCUCAAGAAUUAGAACACUUCUGAUGGGAGGAGCAAGUAUUCUGCAUUUAACAACGUAGGUUAUUUGCCCCUCCCAAGUCAGUCUUAGCUUGGCCAGAACCUGGACAAGUUACUUACCAGGAAACCCGAGUGAACUCUUCUGAGCUUUCCAGCGGGAGUUUGAGAUACAAGCAUAAUAAACAGGUAAAUAACAUCAUUGGAGAUUAGAUAGAUAGAUAGUCACUUCAACAGGAGGUGCCUAGUUCUGUUCUAAUGGGCUUUCUUGUAUUUAUUGUAAUCUGCUUUUCAAAACCGAAAGGGCCAGUUACAGGAUUCACUUCUCCAUCUGUAAAAGUUGCAAUGUAAAGAGUGGCCGUAAUGCACGUAACAAGUUACAAGAACAGCAGGAACGGCAGAAAGAAAGGAGGAGGGAAACCUUUAAUACUGAUUGUUAAAGAAAAAAGACUGGCAAGAAAUUAAUAAGCUUUCACUUGUGUUUUUUGCAAAACAGAAUGACUUUUGUUCCAUUGUGAUAGAAGUAUUGUAAAAUUUAUCCAGCGCCACGUUAGAAAAAAAAUAAUGAGACAGCUAUUUAGUUUAAGCUGGCAUGAAUCCCAGAGAUAAAGGGAACAAUGUUGAAAGGAAGGGAUAGAAUUAACAUUGUACUAGGAAGAUACUUAUUAUAAAAUUACACAAUUUAAAACAGUAAGUACAUAAACAUUUUAAACACUGCAUUUACAAACCUUAAUAAAGGUAUUUAGCAUACUUUCUAGUAGGAUUGCUAACUAUAUACAGUGGUACCUCGGGUUAUAUUACCUUUGGGUAAAGUAAUUUCGAGGUACGAACGCAGCAACCCUGGAAGUGUAUACUUCCAGGUUUUGCUGCACAUGCAUGCGCUGAAGCACUCUAUCAUGCCACACGCAUGCAGAAUCGGCGUCUCCGGAUAUGGACUUUUCGGGGUAAGUAUGGACCCCCGGGACGAAUUAAGUUCGCAUCCACUGUACUAUAGGGCUCUACAGAAAAUACUCCCCUAAACAAAAUUUCCUAGAGGUCUAGACACAAGCAUGAGUGAAAUAUAGCACAGCAAGUUUCAGAUAUGUUACAUUAUAGAUCCACAGAUGAACAAAUCUGAUAGUUAUGUGGCUGGUACUCAACCAGAGAUGUCUCAUUUAAUAAUUGAUUUGGGUUAAGGAGAUACAGCACCUUUCUACAUAAUAUUCCACAUGGUUGUCUACUAGCAUUGACAAGAAAGGUACAGUUUGAAAGCAGAAAGACAGGGGAACAGAACAGCUGGCACAAAUCCAGCAAAAAUUAUUAGCCGGUAAACCCUAUUGAAAUAUAUGGAGCUUAAGUAAAGUUCACCUCCACUGCUGUCAAUAUGACUCCAUUCAAUUCCAUUGCUAUAAAUAUGGUUUACCUUUGGUUUGUAGAACCUACAGCUUUCCAUCUAGGAGAAAACACUUUCCUCCAUGGAUCUGAGGACCAGACCACACACCUGACAUAAGAGAUCUGUGACCAGAUCUCUUGAUAUUGUGAGUUUUAAACUUUAAAACAGGAGAUUCUGAAUUUGACUGAAGGCAUGUUUAACCCAUCCUCACUGGUAGUAUUAGCCCUUCCCCCAGAUACAGAUACACAAAGAUCUGGAUGAUCAACAGUAACCAUGGAAGAUGGAACUAGGAAACCCCGCUCAGGCCUCUACAGUGAGCAAUAGCUUUGAAAUGUCCAAUCUAGACUUUUUGUUUGAAAUUGAUUCAACAUUGAAAUUGAGUAAACAUUGGAACCCCUGGAGUCGCUUGCUGUUCAGAGAUUGGGGUUGCACGGAAUAGUAUUAACAGUUCUGCUCAACUUUUGCCAGAUUUUCCUAUCAUUGCCCCACAUCCUAUUGCAUUCCUAGUGUAUGGACCCUGUCAAAACACUGUAAAGAAUAAGUUCAAUGAACUGUGCUAGCAGCUGAAGAGAUUAUAUGGCAGCAGAGGAAAUCUGAGAAUUAAAGCCACUUCACUGAGUGGAGGACAUUUUAUUUAUUUACAAUUCCCUGGGCAGCUUACAGUAAAAAAGAAUUUAAAUACAACAGAUCUUGAAGUGAGUGCCAGUGAUAGGAACCCCUUUCAGAUAGUAGUCAAGGAUGUGGAAGUGGGAUCGCGUAUGUUUGACCAUACAUUCAUUGCACAGGAUUAAAAAGAGCACCUGUGCAUGCAAAACGUGCCAGUUUCCCAACUGCACAGAAAGUGCCUGCUGCAUUUACAGUCGUACACAUGGGGCUGUUUCAAACCUUAUACUGAACACGUGAAGGCCGAGCACACACAGUCUUACUUUGAGCCUCAUGCAUUCAUCCAAGUUCUGAACAAGGCCAAAGUUUGGGUGUGCAAUGCUCAGAGUAGUACUUAGGGGUUGGUAAGGUUGGUCUUUGCCAAGGGUGCAGGCCAGGAGGAAGGUGCAAAAAUUGUGCCUCUCUUGGAACUUCAGCUGAGGAAUCUGAAUGCUGGUAUGGGCUGUCUCAGCAGCUGCAGAAACCCCUUACCUGUCCCUGUGAGGGCUUCUCCCCACCCUCUGAUCCCCCUGCUUGCCCCAAGAGCAGCCUUUCAGCUGAUGUUGUAACUGAGAAACAUCAGGCGAGGCUCUUAAUCUAUGGUAGCCAAGCCGCUUUUUCCUGGUUUCUUUCCCGGCUUGACCAGUUUCCAGCACGUGGGCCACUGCAAGUUUACCCCAGAGAGCAAGGGCCAUUGAGUUAAGCAGGGCUUACUUCUGAGUAAAGAAUGCACUGGGGUGCAACCUCCAGGUUAUUGCCUUUCUGCUGGCUUCUUGACCGAAGUAAUGAAAAGGCAAGUGAGGUAUUGUCAGAAGUUCCUGCCUCUGACUUGCCAGAUUUAGGCUGCAGUCCUGUGUACCCACUUUCAUAGGAGUAAGCUCCACUGAACCUGGUUGGAUUUACUUUUGAGUAGAAUGCUGUUAAAUGCCCAGUUCAAAAGUCAUUUGUGAUGAUUGAAUUACAUCAUGUACAUACAUCUCCUUGUCAAGGGUGGAAGGGAGCCUAGGCACACCUCUGCCAAUGCUGCAUAUCAGGGUGGAUAAAAAUCAUAUAUAUAUAUCAGAUAUUUUUUUUAUUUAAAUCGGAUUUUUUAAAAUUUAAAUCGGAUUUUUAAAAUAAAAUGCUUUUGGAGGAAAAAUCUUUCUAAAGAUAGUUUUUUAUUUAAGUUACAUUAUAGUCCAAAGGCUAUUCAUCAGGAAAUAAGGAUUUGUUUUAAGCUUUUCAUGUGUGGUAAAACUUAGCCUAAGUUUGUUUAACCACAGCAGUGUUUGCCUUUCCACCUGCCUUGUCCUGCUCUACAGUUUUCACAAGGAAGUUGCUGCAAGAAAAACUCCGAAGGGGCUUUCUGGACAUUAAGGUCAAGAUAUAAAUGUUAUGGCAGGUGCUAGGCACUAAUGCCACCAACUUUGUGGCUACUUUGGGAUGUGAAGGUAUUGUAUACUGUUAAUUGGAACUGUUGGUAAGCUUUGUAGGGAUAUAGGGAGCUGCCUUACACUGAGUCAUACCAUCAGUCCAUCUGGCUGAUUAUUGUCGGAGUAGACAGGCAGAAGCUCUUCAGGAUUUCAGGCAGGGGGCAUUCAGAAUCCCACCUGGAGAGCUGGGGAUUGAACCUGGGACAUUCUAUAUGAAGUGUUCAGUUUUUGAUAUAUUUCAAAUUAGCAGUUAAUUCUUAGUGUUUAUGUUGUAGAUCUAAUUUUUAUUAUGAGUUUUGGUGAUUGUAUUAGACUUGUGUGAAGCACUUUGAGCAAAAAUGUGUAUGGUCAUGGGGACACAUUUUCAGAGAAGCACAGGAAGCGUUUCUCAAAAACUGACAAAAAGAGUGUGAUUCUUGUAAGACCAGAGUAUAAUUAGCAUAGGCAGACUAAAGCCAAUAAAGGCUUGAAUAUAACUUUUUGUUUGCAUUGAGCAUAGUCAGCUUCAAGUGUUGUAUCAAGCUGUUGCUAUUGUUACUGUUACUGUUAUAUUUAUUAGUCUCUUCCCCUCAGAAAAAUGAAUCUCAGAGUGACUUACAAAAAUGAGUGCACUGCAGUUUUAAGAAUAUAGACAAAGCAGAACCGGGAUAGAGGAGGGCAAGAAAUGAGUGAUAUGUAAAACAAAUCCUAGGAGGAAAGAGUGAAGAAGUUGGGUAUGUUUAGCCCAGAGAAGACUAAGCAGGUGAAGUAUGAGCAAGAGAGAACGUUUUCAAAUAGUUUUGGCUCUUAGUGACACAGAAGAAGACAAAGGGCAUGACUAGAUUGAAUGGGCUUAAGUUACGAGAGGGUUAGAGUUGUGCCUGAAUGUUAGGAGAGGCAUCUUCACAGAAAUAAUAGCUCAGUAAUGAAAUCAAUUAGCUGGAGGAAUGAUGGGCUCUCCCGUGCUGGAGGUCUUAAAGCUGAGACUAGACUUAGAUAUCUUUUGGGGAUGUCUUAAGCUCUAGAUUCUCUACGCUGAGCAGAGGAUUGGAAUAGGUGACCAGAAGGCCUUCUCCAACUCUUCUACAGCACAGCCUUCCCAAGUUUGAUGUCCUCCAGUUGUUUUGGACCACGGGCCUCACUGGCCCUCACCACUGGUCAUUCUGCCUGUGAUUAGCAGGAGGUAAAGUGAAAAAAGGGGAAGACAAAAACAGGUUUCAGUUCUGCCUGUUUUAAAGGCAUAUUUUCUCACAAUCUGUACUUUGCUCUGAUAUGUACUGGAUUGGCGUAAUUCCUGCCUAUGAGCUGCAGCUCAAACAUUUGGUAAAAAGUUCAGUGGCUUCUAGAUCUAUCAUUAACUUUUAUGUAAAUUUAUCGACCUGUAAUCUGGACAGGGUGAGAAGCGUCUUUGCAUAGCUACCUCUAAGAGGAUAAUUUUCUGAAUGUUGCUAGUGAGUUACUUUCACUUGACACAGCAAGCGUAUGUCCUUCCUUUGUAGUGACCUCUUCCAGCCCAACAUCACUGAAGUAAUGUUACACAUCUAUGGUGCAACCUGAAUUGGAGUACAGUGUACAGUUCUGGCCACCUCGCUCAGAAAGGACACCGCAGAGCUGGGAAAGGUUCAGAAAAGGGCAGGCAACCAAAAAGAUCACAGGGGCAGAGCAGUUCCAUUAUGAGGACAGGUUACAACAAUUGGGGCUUUUUGUUUGGAGAAACGGCAAGUAAGAGCAAACGUGAUAGAGGUGUGUAGAAUUAAGCAUGGUAUGGAGAAAUUGGGUAGAGAAAAGUUUUUACCUUUUGAAAAAUUACUUUAACUUCAAGACAUUCAGUAAGGCUGAACGUUGGAAUAUUCAGAAUAGGCAGAAGUACGUAGUUAAACCAUGGAAUUCACUCCCACGAGGUAGUGAUGGUCAUCCACUUGGAUGGAUUUUAAAAGAUUAGACAAAUUCAAUGGAUACAAGCCAGUCCCUUUGUUCUACCUCCACUGCUGGAGACGGUAUGUUUCUGAAUUCCAGUCGCUGGGAAUAGCAACUGGGGAAGAAUACUGUUCUCAGCUCCUGCUGAUGGGCAUUUUGCUGGCCAAUGUGAGAACAGGGUUGCAUGCAAACCAUACAUUUGAGCCACAUAACUUCUCCCAAGACUCCCGGGAUCUGGCGUUACCUCCUUUCAGAGCUACUAUUACUAGCACUACAAUUUCCAGGAUUCUUGUGGGGAAGAAGAGUCCUGGGUUUAAAUGUGCUUUAAAUGACCCCCCCCCCGGGAAGUUCACCAGGUACUUUCAUUAUACACCCUUAGGCGCCAGGCAAAAACGUUCUUUUUUAACCAGGCAUUUGUUUGAUUUGAUUGAACUCCUAUGCCCUUUUUAAAUGUGUUUUUUUGGGGGGGGGGGCGUUAUUGCAUUGUUCUUUUUAUUUUGAUUAUAUAUUUUGUGGUUUUAUAUUUUGAUUUUGUUCUGUGAACUGCCCUGAGACCUCCGGAUAUACAGUGGUAUAGAAAUGCAGUAAAUAAUAAUAAUAAUAAUAAUAAUAAUAAUAAUAGUAGUAGUAGUAGUAGUUUGUAUGCAGCCCAGGAUGCUGGUCUAGAUGGGCUAUUGGCCUGAUCCAGCAUGCCCUUCUUAUGUUCUCAUUUAUUGCUUUACUUCUUUAUAAACAUAAAAAUAAAGCGAAUGCUACCAAACUGACUUUUCGGGUACAUUACUGCUGUGGGUCACUGCCAAUUACGGAUGUGCAAUUAGUGGCAGGUGACAUGCAUAUGUAUACUGAAGAAAGACUUCUGUUUCCUUGCUAUUCCUCUUUCAUUGUAGCUCUGCAUCUGUCCCCUUAGUUUCUGUGCCCCCCAAAAGACUAUAGGAUGCCAGGCAAGAGGGUGACCCCUCUAUUUUCUUUACUAGACUAAGCAAGCAUAAUGACUCUUCAGCCAUGCAUUCCUGUACAGAGGUUGGGGUGUAAGCAGCAAUACAGCAUAAAAUGAUAUGCAUGGCGGGUGACAGAAUCAAGUUCUGGGAUGUGCUGCCCCUGCUUGAAGUUUUUCAGUGCACUGGCUCAUGCAAUUUUGGCCUUUGUUUAUCUAUAGUGGGGCUCUGGCAUUUCCCCAUCUUAGCAUCUCAGACUAACACAUUGCCAAUCUUGCCCUAGUUUUGUAUUUUUUACAAGUUGUAAAACAAUGGGAUAUUUCUGGGAUAUUUAAUUUUAUUGUGCAAGUCCUUCAUAUAUAUUUCCCCAUUGCUUCUCUUGUGGAGAUGAGAGAACCUAAAUCUGGAAGAUAAUUUGACUUUUCCUAAUUAACAACACUUGUUGUUAAGUAUCAACUUGAGUGUUAUUCAGUUCAUGUUUUGUGUGAAAGAUUAGCUUGAUUCCUAUCUAAGCUGUCUUAGAAAACUGCAUUCCUCCUCUUGUCUAAAAGUUAAAAUCCAUCUGGAAAAGUGCUAUGUUGGCAUACUAAAUAUUUUUCCCCUCAUUUAUGCUGAACAUAAACAUUCAGGGCAUUGGAUUGACAGUUAUUUUUAGGGCAACUUAUUGCUAUUUAACUUUUUUAUUACACAGCUGAGCUUUUCAUUUUUGCAUAUCAUUACUGUCGUAGCUCUGACUCUAGUGCCUUUUUUAUUUACAUGUACCACUUCCUAGAGAUACCAGCUUUACGUUUUCACACACUUGCAGAUGUAUAACUAUUCAGCUUUCUUCCCUUGCAUCAUGCUAAAUCAUGGGUUGGGGUUGGGGGGGUUUCUUCUUUUGUACAGUUCAGUUAAGUGAGUGGCUGGUAAACUCAAAUGUCACUUGAAAAUGAGAGAAGCCUUAGUCUCUACACACAUAAACAGAGCCCAGGAACCCAUAAUACAGUGCUGUCAGCAUCCAAACCUGCAUCCAUUUCCAACAAGGUAGCAGCACCCAUAGAGCUUUUUGACACCCAUCCUUGUUACCACCCCAUGGUGUGCCAACAGCAAGUCUGAUAAUGCCUCCCAGCAGAUCCUUCUGUUGUCUGGACCUAAGUAAUAUGGAAAAUGUGCCCCCAAAAUUCCAUCAUUUUACACAACUUGGGAUUCAAAGAGAUACCGUUGAAAUUCUCAGGGGCUCUAACAUUCCUGGAGAAACAUUUAACUUUUUCUAUUGAAUUAAAAAGAAGAUUGUCAUUUGGCCAGGGGUCCUGUAUUUCAAGGGCUUCCUGGGAUGGUACCCUCUUUCCAUACACCCAAUACUGGGCAUAUGGGAUGAGGCAGGCAAAGACAAAUUUACCUUCCUUCUUUUUUUGCCUAAUUAAGCCAGAGGAAAGCCAAAAGCUGAGCUGCCACUGCCAGCUCAUGCCUGCACUGCAGAACAAAGCUUCAAAUGCCGCUUGUUGGGAAAGAAUGAAAUCAGCUUCCUUUCCAGGAACCUUCUACAGGAAAAGAAAUGGCUCCCAUUUCUUUUUCUGCAUAAUACACAUGGCAAGGAAACAGCAUCAUAUCUCAGAGGUAUUUCAGAUUCCAGCUCACAGAACAGCAGCAAGGUAGCAGUGGCAACUCACCUGCCAGGUGAGAAGAAAGGAAAGAAAGAAAGAAAUCACUUACCUGCCACCUCAUCUUUAAAGCCCUAAAUGGCCUUGACACAGUAUACCCGAAGGAGCGUCUCCACCCCUGUUGUUCAGCACGGACACUGAGGUCCAGCUCCAAGGGCCUUCUGGUGGUUCCCUCACUGUGAGAAGUGAAGCUACAGGGAACCAGGCAGAGGGCCUUCUUGGUAGUGGUGCCCUCCCUGAGGAACGCCCUCCCUUCAGAUAUCAAGGAGAUACAGAACUACACAACUUUUAGAAGACAUCUGAAGGCAGUCUUGUAUCGGGAAUUUUUUAAUGUUUGGCGCUUUAUUAUCAGACCCUUUCUUGAUCUGUCAGUCAUUGAAACAGUUCUGAUUUUGGAAACAGGGAGGGUCCGUUGUACCUUUCAUUCUCAGUUUCACUAGAGACUGGAAGCUAGGCACUUGUUUUAUAUGUCUCAUUCUCAGUUACUUCCCUUAUAUAUAUAUUUAAGUUAGUGUUUAUAUAUCUUGGUUUUUGCUGAGGGAAAGGUGUUUCAUUGAUCAAUAGUUCUGUGCUUGUCUCUGUUAUCUUCCACUCAUUUUCUUGCACACUGAUUAAAAAGUGUCUUUUGGUUAAAGUAGGCAACUUUUGAAUGUCCACUAGCCACAGAAGGAAACAGAAAGGCAGGUUAGACGCUUUCGGCUAGAGAGAUACAAAUACUUAAAUGCUGAGGAGCUGAACAUUUGUGGCUUCCUGUGUAACAUGAAAAUAAUUUUUAAAAGCAUAAUCGAAGUGCAUUGCAGUCUAGAAAAAAAACUAGUGUAGUGGGUGGAGAAUAACACAAGCAACAAAGCUUAUAAGAUGGUUUUUUUGGUCUAACCAUAGACCAGGGCUGCAGUAUGAUAAGCAAACAUGGACUUUCCUGUAAUUCAGCAGCAGUUAGAAAGAUUUAAAAGGCAGUUGCACUUGUGGUAGCAAACCUAGCAUGUAUGUUUGAGCUGUAAGUAUAUAGUGGUAUAGGCAAAAAGUCUCAUUUCUGUUGAAAUGGGCAGAGCAAUGGGUAAGCGUGUGAGCCAGGAAAUCCCUGAUUCAAAUCUCCUCAACAAUGAACAUGGCCUUAGAAGAGCCACAAGCUCUCAUCUCAGCCAUACAUCUGCAAUAUGAUAAUAUCUUUAGUUCACUGGAAUACUUCUUCAUAUGCCACCCAUAUAAUCCAAGCAUCACUUCCACCUGUGUUGAAUUAGCCAAGUUAACUUGUGUGUUUUCAGGAUUAAAUCUCACCUACAACCAAGGGUAUCUCAAGAGAAGAAAACAAUAAAGGUAAUUUGAAGGUUAUACAGUGGUACCUCGGGUUAAGAACUUAACUCGUUCUGGAGGUCCGUUCUUAAUGUGAAACUGUUCUUAACCUGAGGUACCACUUUAGCUAAUGGGGCCUCCUGCUGCUGCCACACCGCUGGAGCACGAUUUCUGUUCUCAUCCUGAAGCAAAGUUCUUAACAUGAGGUACUGUUUCUGGGUUAGCAGAGUCUGUAACCUGAAGCAUCUGUGACCUGAGGUACCACUGUAUUUCCCCCCAUUCUCUCCCACCUAUUAAUAGGGAAAUGAUUCUGGUCUAGUUGAGUUCAUGGCAGUAAGGGCAAACAGAUUUGUAGGACAAUAGUCAGAACCAUGGCUCUUCAUCUUCAUGGACACAAUUCACAGAAUGAAGGGUAAAAGAAUCACCAAAAUAUAGAUUCUCUGUAGUUUAGCAUUGCAUCCUUUUGGCUACAUAUGGGGCUCUCAUUGUGUUGUGUGCAUCCCAAAGGUGGCCCUCAAGGUGAUAUACUUUAAUAUGAGGUCACAUUUCUUCAGACAAUUUCUUCUUUCCUUACAGGUACAAAAUAAUCACUAUAAGCAACUAAGAAGUGAAAGGAAAAAAUGGCAAGUGCUAAUCCUGUUAGUCACCUCGGCUUUUUCUUUGGCAACAUCACACGUGAAGAAGCUGAAGACUACCUGAUGCAAGGCGGGCUGAGCAAUGGACUGUAUCUCCUGCGACAGAGCCGCAACUAUCUGGGUAGCUUUGCUUUGUCCAUGGUUCACGGUGGUAAAGUUUAUCAUUACACCAUUGAGAGGGAAAUGAGUGGUUCUUACGCCAUUACAGGAGGAAAGUCCCACAGGAGUCCUAUAGAACUCAUUAACUACCACUCGGAUGAAGUUGAUGGUCUUGUUUGCCUGCUCAAGAAACCGUGUCAUCGACCACCAGGAGUGGAACCAAAAACAAGCCAGUUUGAGGACUUGAAGGAAAAUCUAAUUAGGGAUUAUGUGAAACGAACGUGGAACUUGCAUGUAAGUUUAGUUCUCCUGUGUUUUUCUGUUUUGCAUUUGACACCUGGUGAGUAUGGAGAUGUGUGAAGGAGAAUAAGAAAAGAAGUGAAACCUCACACUUUUGCAAUGGCACCCAAGCACUGUGAGCAUAAAUGACAAAAUUCCCCAGCUAAAGAAAAAUACCAUUCUUGCCAGCACUAUUCAGGCAGGGGUUGGGGUGGAGACUACUUGUAAGUUUUCCAGUUUCAAAAUCCAUGUAGUGAUCAAAUUUACUGUCACAAAAGCACAGGGUAGAUUUUAGGGUGCUGUGUUUUCUUGCAUGGGCCAGUCUUUUAUGAAAUCUGUUGGAGUAUUUGGCAUUUUAUUUUUGCCUUCUAAAAUGUGCCUUUUGAAGUAUUGUAGCCUAUUCUACUACUAAUUGUCAGUUUUUAAAUAAACAGAUAUACCAGGGGGUUAGCAAACUUUUUCAGCAGGGGGCCGGUCGACUGUCCCUCAGACCUUGCGGGGGGGGGGGUAGACUAUAUUUUGGAGAAAGAAAAUGAAUGAAUUCCUAUGCCCCACAGAUGCAUAGAUGCAGAUGGAUAGAUGCAAAUGACCCAGAGAUGCAUUUUUUUAAAAAAGCACACAUUCUACUCAUGUAAAACACGCUGAUUCCUGGACCGUCCGCGGGCCAGAUUUAGAAGGUGAUUGGGCUGGAUCCGGCCCCCGGGCCUUAGUUUGCCUACCCAUGAGAUAUACAGUGGUGCCUCGCAAGAUGAAAUUAAUCUGUUCCGCGAGUCUCUUCGUCUUGCGGUUUUUUCGUCUUGCGAAGCACGGCUAUUAGCGGCUUAGCGGCUAUUAGCGGCUUAGCGGCUAUUAACGGCUUAGCGGCUUUAAGAAAAAGGAAACAAACUCGCAAGACGUUUCGUCUUGCGAAGCAAGCCCAUAGGGAAAUUCGUCUUGCGGAACGACUCAAAAAACGGAAAACUCUUUCGUCUUGCGCGUUUUUCGUCUUGCGAGGCAUUCGUCUUGCGAGGUACCACUGUACAGAAAAAAAGUCCUUUGCUUAAUAUAGCUUAAAAUGUUGUUGGGCUAAACAUGCCUACCUGCCAAACACACACACACACACUGGCAAAAUACUCUGGAUAUGCCCAGCACCUAGCUCAACUUCUGGAACUGCUUAUUUUGUAUUCUUACAACUUUCCCCCAUUUUCCCCUACUGUGCAGGGCCAUGCCCUUGAGCAAGCGAUUAUUAGUCAGAAGCCACAGUUAGAGAAAUUGAUUGCUACAACAGCACAUUUGAGAAUGCCUUGGUUCCAUGGGAUAAUAACUCGGGAGGAAUCAGAACAGCGUGUUCUUCUGGGCACGAGGACCAAUGGGAAAUUUUUGUAAGUAAACAUGUUUUUCUUGCAAUUUCUAGAGGCUUAAUGCCGACAACCUGAACUGCAGUAGGAAGACUAAGUAGUAGAGUCAUUAUUUCUAACAAUACCAAAGUUUGCCAAGUAUGUUUAUCUUUACUCAUCUAUAUUUCCAUCUGGCCUUGCCUUCCUGGAAGCAGCAUUUAUGGCUUAUUUGCCGAGACAUCCUAAGUUAUUUAUGAAAUAUUGAAUUGACUCCCCUUUUUCCUUGUUAUGGAUAUGGGAUAGUGUUUUUCAAGACAGCAUUGUUAAGCUAACAGUGGAUUAUACUUUAACUGUUAUUAACCAACUUUAUAACUAUUUUUCUAUGAGAGGCAAUGGUGAUGUGGUGUUCUUCAGCAUACUGGAAACAUUAAUUGUUCCAAGCACAUUCCACUGUUUUAUUAUCUCAAGUACUAAUCCCUUUUGGUUGUUGAGUAUAUUCAAACCCAAUGAUCUUGGGGUAAGAUUGUUGAUUUGACUGUGUGCAAACCCAAAUUUUAUAAAGACAGAGAUAACUUACCUAAGUUAUCUACUCAAAAAGCAGAAUUUACUGCUCUGGAAAAUACUGUUUGGUUGCUACCACACUGUUGCUCAUGACAGGCAUUAAAGGCCGUGAAUUUCUUUGCGGUGGAACAAAUUAAGUGAAUCCCCAUCCCAUAUUUCAUUCACAUUUUAUAUUUUGGGGGUUCUCUCCUCUUUUAUCUGACUAUGUCCUGUAAUAACAACAUUUGUAACGCAUGGUUGCCUUUAUUUCUGUUAACAGCUACGUAACCUAUUUAUAGAUAGGCCAAGAAGUGCACAGUGUUCUAGUAAUUCAGGAACUGGAAAAUCCGACUCACCCAUGUAGCUUGGACUAGGCAAAAUCACAUUAGUUGUUCUGCCUCUCUCCCCACUACCACCCCAGGCUGUGGCAUAAAAGAAGUAUGAUAAGCCAAUAUAUUUGCUCUUCCUACCACAUUACAUCUGUCCUUCACUUUGGAAGCCAGUUGUUUUUAAAAUGAAGGACUGCUGUAGUAGACAAAAAUGGAAAUCCUGAAUUUUAAGGGUGUGAUGUUUUCUGUAAAAAAGUAAAAUCAAGCCACACUUGGGGGGACCUUUGUGUAACUUGCAGGGAAGUGAGAACUUGUAGAUGUUAGUGCCUGUUAAUAAUAAUAAUAAUAAUAAAUUUAUUAUUUAUGCCCCGCCACUCUGGGCGGCUCCCAACCGAAUAUUAAAAACACGAUAAAACAUCAAACAUUUAAAACUUCCCAAGGAAUAUUAAGGAGCUAGGAAGGUAUUUGUUUUAUGACAGAGUAAUAUUCUGAAGUAAUUAUUAUUUUAUAAUAAUUGGGAUUAUUAUGAUAAUUAAGGAACCCAAUAAUCCUUACUAAAUGGACUAGGUAACUGCACCAGUCAAUUAACACGGCUGUUUUUCUGGAUACUGCUCAGUCUGUCGAAUCUCAGUUGCGAAAACAGCUGUACUUUGGCUACUAGUUUGGGGUCUGGGGGUGGGUGGAUAGUACGGCACUAUUGUCUCCAGCAGCUAUUAGACGAGUUGUGGGUGACAAAAGUAAUUCUGAAGACCGUAGAAAACAUGUUGAGAGCUUUACACAGCUAAUAACAGUGAAGAAGAAUUAGCCUCGUAUUUGUUUACAUAAGAAUGACUCUUUGCAGUUUGAAAAUUGUUCCUUUGUUUAUUUAUUUCUUUUCUUUGCAGAAUCAGGGAAAAGGAGAAUCAGGGAUCCUAUGCUCUCUGUCUGCUCAAUGAAGGAAAGGUGGUACAUUAUCGUAUUGAGAAGGACAAGAGGGGGAAACUCUCAAUCCCAGAGGGAAAGAAAUUUGAUACACUCUGCCAGGUUUGUCAAGUGUCACUCGCUGAGCUGUCUGUUAUGUCUGCAUAUUGACAGCGUAGACAACAGGAGUUUUGCUUUGCCGUGGGUCUAUAGAUUAAAUGUGUUAUGCAAAAUCACAUAUUUUCCUGUUUUCCAUUGUGGGCAAAAGUAUGGGAGGAUAAUGCUUACUUUGGUUAAUAUGAGCUGUUUAGAUCUUCCUUAGAAAAAAUUAGGUUAAUUUGGGCUACGGUUGUUGUUGAGCAAAUUGUAGGAAAUCCCAAAUCAUCUAAUUUAUUCAUGAAAAUAGCAGAGUUAUAGAAAGACAGUGAAAUUCCAUUUUUGUUAUGCCCUCUCUGAAACACUAUGUGCCAUAAGGGAAUAUAAAUUUAGGAUUGCAUUAUGAGACAUCUGCUGUUGCCUUUAUUUCCUCCCCACACGCCGUUUUGAGUCAAAUAACAAAAGGCUCUCAAACUGGCAGAAAUGUGCUCUUUUUGAAUGCAGUUUUGUUAACAAGUAUGAAUUCAAGAUUUUCAGGAUGUUAUACAUGUACUUGGUAUUAGUUCAGUGUACAUUGGGCUUGGAUCCAUGAUGCUUGAGUCAGUGUGUAGGGUCUGCCAUUAUUUUCAGGUGAGUUUUCUACAAAGGAGUAGCAACAGCAAAUGCAUGAGUGAUUUGUACAGUACAUUCAGUUUUCAUAAUUCUAGUGUAUCAUGGGAAAGGCAAAAUCCCUACGGCAGUGAUGGCCAAACUUGGCCCUCCACCUGUUUUGGGACUACAGUUCCCAUCAUCCCUGACCACUAGUCCUGUUAGCUAGGGAUGAUGGGAGUUGUAGUCCCAAAACAGCUGGAGGGCCAAGUUUGGCCAUCACUGCCCUAAGGGAAUGUGUGAACUUUGGACCUUUUUUUGAGCAUACACAUCUUUCUGCUGGGGAGGUGUGCAAGUUGUUCCUUACAUGUUCCAUACAAGCAACAAAAGAGGAUGUACAAGUUAGUUGAACAUUUUCCAUUACCGCUUCUUUUUAACUGAGGAAACCACCCUCGGUCUUGGCUCCCAAUUAUUAUGAAUAAUAGUAGUAUUCAUUAAUGAAAUGUUCAGUAUUGCACUUUGCAAAUAAUAGUGGUCCUACCAACUGUGAUCAAAAGCGGGGGAAAUUAUCAAGUCUUUUGCUCUGUAAACCUGGUUCUUUAAUUCUAAUGUGGGUUGGAGAGGAUGGAUAACGUGUUGUGAACUAAUGAGAUAAAUGAGCUCUGCACAUGUCCAGAGGAACAUUCAUAAGUUAUAGGGCUGAGGGUAUUCGAAUACAUGGUUGAGACCUAAUGAGUCCUAGCACAUAUAAGAUACUGCAUAGUACUCUAUUGUUCUCUGUUAUUGGGCUGUCUGUAUGAAAGAGAGGGAGAGGGAGGGUUUGAAUUUCUGAAGUGGCACAGGCAUGAUAAGGACUGAAUUUUGAAUCCAAAGUACAUACCACUUGCUUUUGCAUCACUGUAAGCAAGACAUAACAUAUGUGUUUGGAAAUUAAAUAUGACAUUUCUUGAGUGGAGAUACUCAGCACCUCACAUGUAGGAUAUAUCUGUGUUUGCAGAGCAGGGCCAGGCUUCAGUAUCACCCUUCUCGUCUGAUCUUAUUCUGCAACAACCAUUCCAGUGCACAAGACACUACUCAUAUAGGGACUACAUGAAGUCGGGAUACCCAGUUGCACAGGGGCCCCAAACAUGGAAAGCCCUACAAGUGAAUAGUGGUCAUGCAUUUGAAUUUUUCAGCAGGCAGUGCACACAAGAUAGAUUUGUUGCAGGAAAAACACCUGGGGGCUUAGCUAAAAUUGCUGCCACACACCAUCAUCAAAACAGGUAUGGUCUACAUGCAGGCAACAUGUGAACAGGGCUACUGUGGACAUUGUCAUGUUUGAAGUAUGGCAUGGGAUCCUUAGCUAAUGAGUGCUAAUCGGUGACCUGAUUGUGUCCUUCCUGCAAAAUGAACUCUUUUCCAGAGGGCACAGCCAGAAUCUCUUCACAAAGGUCUCCAUUCACAUAAAUUCUUCUGUGGCUCAUAGUAAAAUCUCCUGGCCACCCCUACGCUACAGUAUUUUGCUCACCACAAAAUUGACCUAAGGGGAGCAGGUGCAUACGAUAACUUAAUGACUAAUGGCUAAUGAGAAAGUGGAGCUGCCUGGGGAUAAAAUUAUUGGCUUCAGAAGUGGGGAAACAAAAUGAAAUAUUUGAACCUGAGGACCAGAGAACCCAUAGAGGGCAGCAGGACAGGUGGCUGGAUUUUACAUAUUAACUAGAAAUGAUUAGCUAAAUGUCUGGCCCUAAGCCACUGUAGCAGUUCAGUAGCUUGUUAUUUCUCCUUCCUUCUAGUCUAUUCUUUCUUAUUUGUUUUCUUCUCAUGAUAGCUAGUGGAACAUUAUUCCUACAAAGCAGAUGGACUUCUAAGAAUCAUCACAGAUCCAGUUCCAAAUCCUAACUUGAAAAAUGGUGAGUGACUGGGUUUAUUUUUAAAAUGUAGAAUUUGAGUCCCCAUGGUGGUGUACAUGAAAAUCAUCCAUAAAAUUAUAAGAGCGUAAAAUACAUAACUGAAUCCAAUAAAUUUUCUAAAAACACUUGGUAAAUCAAAAAAUGGUUUUAGCAGGUUGAUAGGUUAUUGGAAUUGUGGGUACCUGUAUGAUUCCAGUAGGAACAGUGUCCCAAAUUACUGGUGCUGCUACACAAAAAGUCUUAGUAAAUGCGGAAGCCGAAAGAAUAUAAAAACUGUGGGACUGUCAGGAGGACUUCUCCAUAUGAUUGCAGUGAUUGAUCCGUGUAUACUCAUUCAUUUAGCCUUUAUUGGCAUAAUGAUUGAUCUGUGUAUAAGGGACAAGGAGGUCAGGCCAUUGGUCAGUCUAGCUCAUUGUUGUCCGCAGUGGUUCUCCAGAGUUUCAAACAGAUUUGCAGCCAUAGGUUGCCCAAUCUUACAUUACCUGUAGCAGUGCAAAUGUGUAAAGCAGCAACACCCUGUGUUAAGCAAGUGGGCCAGGGCUUUCUCGGAAUCUCUUCCAAAUUCCCUUUUAGUGCUGCGCCUUGCAUCAGGGACACCCUUUCAAGUCUUGGGGCUUAAUAACAGCAGAGCAUAGCAUGGAUAGUUGCUGGCAUCCAUCUGUCUCCAUGAAUGAAGUCAAACUGCUGUGUUUGUAGCACGGAAGGGACCUCCUGGUGGCACAAGCCUGGGCAGUGUGUCUGGAGGUCCUGGGCUUCCCAGAUGACAAGACCGCCCUCUCAGCCUUGCUGAUUUAGUCCAAAGGAAAGCAGAGCAAUACGUUUGAUACCAGCUUGGCUGCAGAAGUUGCCAAAAGAAGGCAUACAAGGUGCCAUCCAAUUGCCUUAGGGACUCCACUCUGAAUUUGUGUAUGGCUUACUCCUUAGCCUUUUUUUCGAGUAAGACUAUAUUUAUCAGGUUGCUGCAACCUCAGAGUCACUUGGGGCUCACCCAAAAUUCCUUUUGCGUCAUGCUGGUACUGGUCUGUGCUUUAAAGCUCCAUGUCCCGGCACUUUCCCCAGGGAAGACCCGUAUUUUGCCAUCUUCUCUGGGGAAGGGCCAUAGCCCAGCGGUAGAGCAUGCAGAAGGUUACUUGUUCAGUCCCUGGCAUGUUCAAUCCAGGGAGAGACCCUUCUCCGAAACACUGGGGAGCCACAGCUAAUCGAUGCAAGAUGACCCUGAGCUGGGUGCAGCUGUGCUCUGAGUCUGUAUAAGGCUGAUUCCUGUGUUCAUUUCUUGUUAGUUCAGUAAUUUCAUUUCUUAUGCCACAGCUACACUGAUGUUUGCAUAUUUAUUCCCUUGAGAGUGUUCUUCUCCUGUCUCCCCCCCCCCCCCCAGAAAUGUAUUUUGAUAAAAGCAGCAAUAGUAAUUAGUGUACCUCAUUAUCUUAGGCGUAUUCACCCCACCGGAUCACAGGCCUAAUUUCAGCAAGGUAAGAAAAUUGUGCUGAUGAAAAGCAUUUAUGGUGGUUUUUAAUAAUAAAAUAAAGUUCAAGGAUGGUUAAUUUUCACUUUUUGAGUUUCUUAAUAUAUGAACAUUUGCUAUAAUUUUCAGAUAUAUUUGUCUGUUUUACAUGCAAUAGCAUUAGACAUUAUGUGGAUUAAUUUUUUUGCUCCAGCUUUUAAUUCUUCAUAAGAAGUAUUUUGGGGUGAAAAUAUCAUGUAUUCCAGUCUGCAGUGGGUGGACUCCAGUUGGUGUUGUUCCACAGUAGAAAGUAUGGGAAUUACUCCAAACUUCCAGAGCAGGUUAGGGAAGGGCAUUGGGAAGAACCACCAAGAUAAAUCUUCUUUCCUGUGCUGUUGACCGAGCUAUAUCUUGCAUCCAUGGAGUGGCACCAAUUGGCUUCUACUCUUGUUUCACUUUGUACAGUGUAUGAUGUAUUCUCUGUCCAAAUUUGGAUAUGAGAAAAUACAAUUAUAAAAUCACAAUAAUUUAAAUUAAGAUGUUCUGCGUGUAUUUGCUUGCUCUGCAAUCAUUGUUCUUCGAAAAAUUUGGUUACACAAGGGAUUUGAAUGUGUUGACAAGGACUAGAGUAGAUAGUGAGAGAAAGCAAGAUAGGAGAACUGGGUGGAGGAAAAAUAACGGGAACGUUUGGUAUAGAAGCAAGAACAUUACAGAGGGCCAUAAAAGCCAUUUGAAGAGUGAAUGACAGGAACCAGAACACGAGAAAUGAAAACUCAUGGUCUCAAGCACUGAGCCCUUUUGAAAAUUCCUGCUCUGUCUUGUAUGAUAAAGCUUUUCUUGUCAACGUUCGUCUCAGGGCUGAAGGAGGCAAAGCAUUGACUUCAGACUGAAUGGAGAUGCAUUUUAAAAGUUUGUUCACUUAUUCAAAUUGUCACACCCCUUCUCUCUCCAUGGGUGGUUGCUUGAAACACAGCUGUGCUUCUAGCAUCUUUUACAAUACAAACCCUCACUUGUUGCAGUUUAGCAUGAUACAGUGAUAACUCCUGGAUGCAUGCAGGAGGACAAAUACAUUGUACAAACAGAUUGCAAAGUGGAGCAGUCUCUUUUGAGUUGGGUUUGAAGCAACCACUGGCAUGCUUACAUGGAUGAACUGGGCUGAAGAGUUUCAAGGUGUUUUUCAUUUUUUUUAAAAAAGAAAUAUUUGGUUUACAGUCUGGCAGUGCAUAUUAUAAAGGAUGUGUACAGGGCAAAAGUGAAGGUCCUUGUAUGUGAAUCCUAGCUAAAAAUGCAAAAGUUUGCAACCAAGUCCUAUUCUCAGUAGAAAGUUUGGAAACCACUAUUGUAGAUGACUAAAGAAAAUAAAUGUGUGUGUGAAAUAUUUCUUACUUUUUCUGAUACACUUAUUUAUGCUUUUGAUAUCCUUUACGGUUUCUAGACUUGGUCAACAGGUGGAAUUUUCACCAGAAUCAAGUCAUACACUUUCCCAAAGCCGGGAAGCAAAAAGGUGCAUAAACAUGGUGUUUUGUAAAUUUGCAAAUGUGUGGAAGGACUUACUCUCAUGAAGCUCACUUACAGCUCUUUUCAAUGAUUUGGCUCCAUGCCUUGCUGCUAACGCUCUGCGCACAUUUGGCAACUUUCUUCAGCUUCUACUUCUGGCCUAAUAUAAUUAACCCAUGGCUCAAAUUUAGCUAUGUAAAAGAAGUGAUUGCAUUUUAUUUGUUGCCAACAUGCUGUGCCAUAAUAUUCAUAACUGUAAUAAUAAUGAGAUCAGUUUGGUAGAAUGGAGUUGAAAAUAAGCUAGUAUCACAUGUGUGUGCGCAUCUUUGAAAACAGCCUUUAUGUUUCAGUGAAACAAUAUUUAUAGUUUUGUUUUAAAUCUUAGUUUUUGAUCUUAGUUUUUGUGUGAGUUAUCUCUCUCUCUGAAACAUGGGAAAUGUGGAAAACAACUGUCCCUGCUUCUUUAGAGAAGAUAUUCCACCCCUCUGUUCUUCUACCUCCACCCCAGGUUUGGGGGCUAGUGCCACUAUUGUACCAGCUAAUAACAUGAAAGCUAGCACUGAGCAUAUGUACUCUCCUGCCCCCACCCCACCCUACCCAAUUCCAAGACCUAUGCAUUUUAGACACAAUGAUUGCUGGAAAAAGCAAAAGCCAAUCACAGUGGCUGCAAGCUGAAAUUAAUCCUUAAUUCUCCUGGAAAAAGGUUUAUUUGAGGACAAAUGGAUGAAUGGCGCCCAUUUGUAUAUUACAUUACAAAUAAAAUAUUAAUAAAAAUACUUCCUAAUUUGUGGAGCAGAUUGGCACAUGCCUGCUUCUUUCCCAUAACGUUGGGUCAGAUCAAUUCUCUGUGUGAAUUUUCACGUCUGUCUCCUUCAUACUAGUCCUAAUGAAUUCUGAUAUGAACAAACAUCGUAUUUAAAAGUAAAUCUCCAAACAUUUAAACUGGUUUAGCCCUACUUAGUUGGCAAAAAGACGUGGCUUAGGAUAAAAUUUUAAAAUAUUGAGAGGACAGGAAGCACAGGUAUUCCACAGUUCCUGUCUUGGUGUUUUUCUUUUUUGUUGAAAGUCAAGAGUUUGCAUCUUCCCUAGCAAGUGCAAGUACCAAAGUAUGAAACAUAUGUGUCAGUUGGGAACCUCAUAUCUAUGUUUUGCUCACUACUUAUCCCCUUUAAAUAUAUUGCUCCAGUGUCUCAGAAACAAUUUCCCACUUCCAUAUAUUAACAGGAUACACAAGAAAUAAUAUACGCUUGCACUCUUUUUAGUUAUUCCAGAAGAUGUGCACUUGUACUAUAGUGUUUAGAGACUUACUUCUGAGUAAAAAUGUUUAGGAUACAAUUGCUUGCUUUGCGGAGAGAAUAGAGUUGAUUUGUCUGAUGACAUGACUUCCCUUUAAAUCAGUCUUAUCUUAAACACUACAUUUUUUCUUCACCCAGGCAUCUUUAAUAGUGUUAUUGAUUGGUAGAGAUGCAGGAAUCUAAACAAGAGUAAGGCUGAUAGACAACACCAAAAUUAUUUUCCGGAUCUCUGUUUCUUUGCAAGUUACACUGAGUGACACAAGCCCUGGACUCAUUCCGCUGCAAUCCCAUCAAAAUUUACAGAGUAAAUAUUUAAAAGAUCAGCUCAACAACCUUAACAGCAGAAAGGCCCAGGGUGUACAUGUUGCUUUUAAACAUAGAUGUGGCGCUGGGUCCCACAAUGCAUUUUUUCCCCAUACACCAGCCUUUGGCAACCUGGUGACUUCCAGAUGUUUUGGACUACAGUUCUCAUCAGCCCCAGCCAAGACAGCCAUGCUGGCUGGGCUGAUGACAGUUGUGGACCAAAACAUCUGGAGGGCACCAGGUUGGCAAAGUGUGCUUGCUGUACACAAUCUACCCACAGGUAUUCCUGGCUCAAGAAUGCAUUGACCUUUAAUGGAAGAAAACUAGGUAAACACAGAUACAGGUGGCAGAACUUUUCCAGACACCAGAACUCUGAGAAUUUUACCUGUUUGACCUGAGUGCCCUCCAACUGUCAGCACUAGUUGCAGACAGAAUAAAAUGUGAGGUGUGUUUCAGUCAUUUAGUAUUGCCCUUUUGUUGACUUACGCUGAAAAGGGCCAGCGACAUAGAUGAGUGAGUUCUCAGCACAAUAGCAAACAUCUGGAGAGGGUGGAAAUGGUUUGUGGGAUGAACCUAUGUCUGCCACUUUCAUUUCAAAUGUUGGUAAAUGUGUCAACUUGGGCUCACUCUCAAGCUUACCGAUUCAGAGUUUGCAGGAGACCUGUUUAUAUGCUGCAUAUGCCAUCAAAGGGAAUCCAUGAAAAGCAUAGUACUGAUUGGAAGAAUAAGACUGAGCAGCUCCAGAUUAAGCAGAUGUAGGUUUUUUGAAAAAGACCAACUUUAUUUGCUAUUGAGUUCUCAUUUGAACACAAAGCCAUUAGUUCAGGCAUAGGCAAACUCGGCCCUCCAAAUGUUUUGGGACUACAACUCCCAUCAUCCCUAGCUAACAGGACCAGUGGUCAGGGGUGAUGGGGGUUGUAGUCCCAAAACAUCUGGAGGGCCGAGUUUGCCUAUGCCUGCAUUAGUUAAUUCCCUCAUCAGGAAGUUCUCCGAAAUAUUUGCCAGAAUCCUUUUCUGCUUUAGCAGCAUGUCUCUUACCUUGCUGACACAGAUAUGCAAGAAACAAUCUGAAGAUUUAGGUAAGCUUCGCUCGCUUUCUUUACUCAUGCUUUCAUUGCCUACAUCUUUCAUUGCUUAAUUUUUCUUAUCAUGCUCUCUUUAAUACCCCAAAUAUGUACUAAUGGAAAAAUCUGUUUGUGUGCCACAGCCACCUUUACCUGUCCGGAAUGAUGAUUCUGGAUUACCUUUUAGAACAUCAACAACAUCAUUACCAUCUGCCGCUUUCUCAGAUAACCCUUAUGGGCCACCACGUGUAAAGCAAGGUAGGCAAUUGAAAUCAGUUCUCUUUUGAUAAUAGUUGUUCCCCAAGUUUCCUUCUUAUUUUGCACUGGACGGACUUUUCUGUAGAAUAUUUGAGGCACUAAACAUGGAGAGUGAUAGAACCCUGAGUAAUUGUGACCAUUCAUAAUGCAGAAACCUUUUUUUGAAAGAAAGAAAAAAUCCUGGAAACGCUUUUCCUAUUUAGAACAAGUACCGUAUUUUUCCGUCUAUAAGACGCCCCCAUGUAUAAGAUGCCCCCUAUUUUGGGGGAUUCAGAUUUAACUCAGCGGAAAAACCUAGUCUUAUAUACAGAAAAAUACGGUAUAUUUGUCACCAAUCUACAUCUUUGCAGCUAUCUGUACUUACUUACUGACUUAGAAAAUUCAUAAACGACUUGAUCAAAAGGAUCUCCAAGCAGUUUACAAAUUGAAAUUGUAAGAUUUGUAAGGUGAUUCUAAGUACCACUACUUUCAGAUGCUGAUAUUGCUGGAGAGAAAUAACAGCAACUAGAAAUUCAUGCAAUUGACCCGGUAAUUCAGAGAGAAACUGAGAAAUGUCCUGUUUCAAUUUGGUACAGCCCUUGUCACUGGUGAGGGCUGGUACCCAUGGAAAGGCAUUUCUUUUCUCUUCUAAACUGUAAAUAAAUUCCAGUUUAGCAAUGUUUAGCAAGGGUGUGUGAGAGAGUAUGCUACUUGAAAAGGUACACAGCAUUUUGAGUGAAACCCAGCUCCUCUCAGAACCCCUUCUGUUGAGAAAAGUACAAAACCCCAUGAUGCCAGUGUGAAUUUUUAGGAAAGCCAUUAUUUAGAUGAAAGCCAAACAGGUGCCUGUUAAGCAGCACAGCAGGGGGAGAUUGGAGAGAAAAGCUGACAAAUGGGAACUGAAGGUGGGAUAAGGUAGGAGUUAGUCGGCAAUGGAAGUGCAGCUAAAUUGAGUCUGGGAGGAGGACUUGACAUAAAAGUCUUUGCUGCAGAACUGGAUAUCAAUGAGGGAAGUCCGGAAAUGAAAGAGGCUUGCCAAAUAGUGGUAGGGAUUGUUGCUAGCAUAUUGCACCACAUAGGAGGUGAAAGGGAUGAGAAAGCAGGCAGAGUACUAACAUUUGACAGGCAGGGAGCACAGAAACAUUUGUGUGCCAGAAAAAGCUAAACCUGUUCUGCUGUUCAACACCCAGGUGAUCAGAGGUUGCCCAUGGACACAGAGGUCUACGAGAGUCCAUAUGCAGACCCAGAAGAGAUAAAAACUAAAAAUGUCACCCUGGACCGAAAUCUACUGGUCCUGGAAGACCAUGAACUCGGUUCUGGUAAUUUUGGCACUGUGAAAAAAGGCACCUAUGAAAUGAAAAAGUAAGUUUUGAAAUGCUGUCAUCUUACCAUCCUUCCCUCUUGACUUAUUUUAUUUUAUUUGUCCUAUUCCUUUGAUGAUACUGCUGUUCUUAAGCCCUGGACCAGACUUCCUUUGCCUCAAUCAAUAGAAACCCAUGAGAGAGAGAGAAGGACCUGCCCUGCCUUCUUAUAUCAGUAGAGGGACGCAGGUGGUGCUGUGGUCUAAACCACUGAGCCUCUUGGGCUUGCCGAUCAGAAGGUCGGCAGUUCGAAUCCCCAUGAUGGGGUGAGCUCCUGUUGCUCUGUCCCAGCUCCUGCCAACCUAGCAGUUCAAAAGCACGCCAGUACAAGUAGAUAAAUAGGUACCGCUGUGGUGGGAAGGUAAAUGGUGUUAUGUGCGUUCUGGUUUCCGUCACGGUGUCCCAUUGAGCCAGAAGUGGUUUCGUCAUGGUGGCCACAUGACCCGGAAAGCUGUCUGUGGACAAAUGCCAGCUCCCUCGGCCUGAAAGCAAGAUGAGCGCUGCAACCCCAUAGUCACCAUUUGACUGGACUUAACCAUCCAGGGUUCCUUUACCUUUUACCUUUACCUGUAUCAGUAGUACAGGUGUCCAGGAUGGAGUGGGGUAUGGCAGCCAGCUCAGGGGGGAGCUCCAGGUUAGCAUCCCGAAGGUGUGUGUACUGACACCACCAUCUCAGAGCUCCCUUGAACUCACCUACACCCCGUUGCAGCAAGCAGAAGCACUUCCAGUGCCAAGUGGGUGGCGCUGCCGUGCCUCCAUCAUGUGCACAGCCUACCCCAACUGUUGUCCUCUGGAUAUUUUAGACAACGCCUCCCAUAAGCCUUGCCUGCUGCAGAUCACCAGGUUAGAGAAGAUGAUUUGGCACCAGAGUAUGUUCCAUAAAAUAACUAUGAUUUAUUUUUCUACAAUCCACAAUGUUUUAUUUUGGGGUGGCCUUUUUAACGUUAAGGGUAUAUUAAAGUCCUUUUCACUCAGUAAUUUUAAAAAGCGAAAGCUUUUAAUGUGUGAUCCCAUGCAUUGUUUUCCCUAAAGAAAAUCAGUAGUUAGUUUGCAUAGAUUCUCUGCCUCAGUGACAAAAGAAGGCACAUAUUUGUAUACAUUUUGUAUCAUGUACAAAUUUUAUCCUUUGUUGGGGGUAAGGUGGAUGGAUGAACCAGGCCACACACAAUUAAUAAAAUGUCUGACCUGCAUCUUAUGUGAACUAGAGGAGCUUUCCCCAUAAUUGUAUUACCAUACUAAAAAAAGACUUCACUUGCUGAAUUUCUGCCUGCUUUUAAAGGCACAAGAACCUUGCUGUCUCCUAACUCCAUUGGGAUGUGUUCUCGACAGAUUCAUUUGUCGAAACAGACUAACAGUGUUCCGUUGUGUGUGUGUUGCUCAUUGCCCUAUUCAUGUCGUGUUUAUUUCCUUUUAAAUACGCUUCUUGAAUACAAUACAGUAUGUUUUCAUAACUUUGGGUCUUUGACCUGUUUUGAUACAUAAGCACCAAACAGCAGCGCUUUCCUUUUCUUCUUUGACAACAAGAACUUGUGCCUUUGACCAGAAUAUAUCAAUUUAAGUGCUUAUACCACCAACAACGAUCCACCCCCAAGAAUGCUCCCUUUUCCCCAUCAGUGGGAAAGAAAUCAAUUAACCUUCAUCCAUAUUUGUGCCCGUAUAUUUUGCUUCAUAGCUUUUGCUUUAGAAGGACUUAUAGUGCAUGAAUUAUGCAAUUUUGCCUGUUCCUCCUCUGAGGUGUUGCACGCAGCCGCAUUUCGAAGCAGAAACUGGAUAGAUUGAGCACAUGGCAAACAGACAAGAAUACUUUGAGCACUGCAUAUAAUGUAGGCUUCCUGGUGGUUUCUUUUCAGGGGAAAGAAGACAGUGGCUGUGAAAAUUCUCAAGAACGAAAGCAACGACCCCUCCUUAAAAGAUGAACUGCUGAGAGAAGCAAAUGUUAUGCAACAACUGGAUAACCCAUAUAUUGUCCGAAUGAUAGGCAUAUGUGAGGCCGAGUCCUGGAUGCUGGUAAUGGAAAUGGCUGAACUUGGCCCCUUGAAUAAAUAUCUGAUAAAACACAGGUAAAUUGGCCGUCUGUAUUAUUUAUUGAAUUAUUGUGUGUUAAUAGGCAAAACUGAUGGACUAAUCACUAGCUGAGUAGUUCUCCAAAGCUUUGUUUUUUCCAAGAGCACAUUUACUACUGGUUUGUAAAAAAAUAAGUUCUACUUUCCCACCACAUUUGUGAAAUUCAGUCAAAAGGUGAAGAUGUCCUCCAGAAGAGUUGAGUGCAUCAUUACUGUUUGUUCUCCAGUAUGGGUCCCUUUGAGGUGGGAUCCCUUCAUUCUUGAAAAGUGUAAGCACAUAAUGUAUUUAGCAUAAGUAUAUAGUUAGUUAGAUAACAUAAGUAUUUAGUUAGUUAUGAGAUAUUUGUUUCCCCUCCACAUUUCCCUCACAUGAAAGCAAAGGGUCUGAUUCUGACCGGAAGCAAAAGGACACAUGCCGUCAAAAUAUUUUCUGGAUAGUUUGCUAACCCUUGGAAACAAAUUUUUAGCUCAUGGGACUUUAAGGGACAGGAAAAGAAGAGCAGGUCUACUUGUGUAACAUUGGAUUCCACUCAAGUAAAAUCCAGGAACAACUGGUUAAUUACCAACAAAAUAAGUGGAAUGGAAUGAUGAGGAAUGAAAAUUUAUUACAAAUUGCUAAAGUAGUAAACUAGUUCUGGUUUUUCAGAGAUGUCGCAGAAAAGAAUAUCAUUGAGCUGGUUCAUCAAGUUUCCAUGGGGAUGAAAUAUUUGGAAGAAAACAACUUUGUGCACAGAGAUUUAGCUGCGAGAAACGUACUGCUGGUCACACAACAUUAUGCCAAAAUCAGUGACUUUGGACUUUCCAAAGCCCUUGGUUCUAAUGAUUAUUACAAGGUACUAUUUCACCCUGUAACUUGUCUCGACUGUGAUUUCUUCUCAUGAUGUCACUGUGGCUUCCUGUGAUGUGCAUGCACCGUCAUGGUAGUUUAAAAUUUGUUAGCUGUCCUUCAACACAAAACAUGAUCAGGGCAGCAGGCAUGCCUCUGCAAGGAAUCUUUCCUUUGCUACACACACUCUCGAAACUACUUUUAUUUACAACAUGCAAGCCAUCACUGCUGGGAGCUGAGCAAGGCAGGGGCCUGGGGGCUGCAGGUACAGCUAUGUUAUAUGUGCUCAGUAGAUUCUAGCAGGUUGCCCACACCUCAGUGUACACAUACACACACACUGAUGACAUCAUCGGCUCACAACAUGAUGCAGUACUGGGAAAACUAGAUCCACCAGUGACUAACCUUCCCCCUCUGAUGGUGUCAAAAGAGGGUGGACUUUAGAAACUCUGCAAAAUCAUAAUUCCUUUCUCUUGUUGCUGUAUGCUGUGUUAUAUUGUAUUUUAGUGUUUUGUUGGAAGCAGCCCAGAGUGGCUGGGGAAAUCCAGCCAGAUGGGCGGGGUAUAAAUAAUAAAUUAUUAUUAUUAUUAUUAUUAUUAUUAUUAGUCUAAUAUUCUCUUUUAUGUGUGGCACCACUGUAGGCAGAACAUUAUGGGAAAUGGCCAGUCAAGUGGUAUGCUCCAGAAUGCAUGAACUUCUUCAAAUUUUCGAGCAAGAGCGAUGUUUGGAGUUUUGGUGUUUUAAUGUGGGAGGCUUUUUCCUAUGGGCAAAAGCCAUACAAGGUACAUUUUAUAUGUUGCUUUCCUUCAUUAAAUGUCCAUAUUUUAAUACAGAUUCAGGUCUUCCUGUGCUUGUGCUUAUGUAGCCAAAACCAUACCACUGGAACGCAAGAUGUUACCACUAUCAGACUCAGAGUCAUGCUGAUGCAUGCUCAAGUAUUAAAAAAUUGUGGGGGGAAACGGGGGCGGGAUACCCCAAACAGCCCUAUAAUAACUCAGUGACAUGGACUAGUGAUAGAUUGAGAGGAGAAAUAAAGGGAUAAGUGAGGGGAAGGGUGAAUGGUGUGGCUGGAACAGGAGGACAGAGAAAAAUAUGUAGCUAUAUCUGAAUGUAAAAAGAACUAUCUCGUCUGGAUCAGUCUCUUCCUGGUUCCCACUAACAAUCUAUUUUUAAAUGUCCCCAGGGAUAGAAGAGAAAGCUGCUCUAGACUUGAGCGCAGAAUUUAGUAUAGCAGGGAUUCAGCACAAAUAUGCCUACCCAACUCAAAACCCAAAAUGCAGAUUCAGGAUGCUCAGUGGGCACAGAGUGCUGAUGGACUUGUGGCGGGUAGGAACAGAUCUUGGUUGUGUGGGCACGAGCAGAAUAAAGAUGCUGGAACCAGGAAGAGGAGCACUCUACACUCCAUGUUGUUGCAGAGCGUCACUUGUCCCUAAAUAAUUGAGUUUGACAAAAAUAAGUAAAUCCUUUCUCAUUCUGUUGCAGGGUAUGAAAGGUGGGGAGGUUGCUCAGAUGAUUGAAAGAGGAGAGCGAAUGGAAUGUCCAGAAAACUGCCCACCUGAGGUCUAUGAGUUAAUGAAAUUAUGCUGGACAUAUGAGUGAGCAUCAUCAUAUUUGUGUUUCUUCUGAUAAAAUACUGGAUUUCUUGCGCUUUUCACUCCCCACUCUGUCUUCACUUUUUCUGCAUUUUAAACCAUGAAAUAAAAAGAUGCAAACUGCCCUUGAAGGAACAUUUCAAGCCAAAGGAAUAAAAUGUGAAUUAACAAUCAUUGUCGCCCUACUUAACGCCCUCUUGAUGAAAAUGAGAAGUAAUGCCCUGCAAGCCAAAUUGCAAUAUAGCUUUUAGAUGAGAUAACUUUCUUAUAACCACUGUGCACAGCUACAUAGCAUUUUCCAGAAACGGACUGGCAAAAGCUUGUUGAGCAGAGCACUGGACUACAAGAGCUGUGCAACAUGAAAAAAUUGAUUAAAAAUAUACAUAGGGGUGUAUUAAAAAAAAAAAAACCCCUCAAAAGUACAGUGAUGUUCUCGGCACAUCUCACAAACAGAAGAGCCUUCAGUGAUGAGAGUGCCCUAAAUUAUUGCAGUAGAGUACUUAGAUGAUGAUCACUUAGCAAAUGUUCUCUGUCACAUGGGAACCCAGAACAAACUAAUCCCAGGGGAUGGUGUUCUAGGGGCCCCUUUAAGUACUUUUCUGCGAAACGCCUAUCUAGAUCUCUGAGAUAAGUUGUAUAAGACAAAGGAGCAUUAUUGGCUGCUGAUCCAGUUCUGCUUGUGGUCUUCAAGGAAGGGUCAAGAAAUAGCUUAUUCUUCCCAGCCUCACAAGUUCUCCUUGAGAGCUCCCACCCCCUUUGUGGAGGGGAUAGACUCUGUAUUCACACUGCAGCCAGGAAUUGCAGUUUGACUUCAACUACCUGCAUUUCUUCUCAUAGCCAUUAUUCCCUUGCUUCAUCUGGUAUAAAGCAGCUUGCUGUUUAUUGCUAUCAGAACUAGGGGCUAAAUGUCUGUAUUGCCCUUACAAACUUCCACCUAGUGUCUCUCAGGACCUUCUUGACACUGCUGGGGAGCAACAUUUUCUGGCAUUACCUGCACAUGUGGUCAAAACCCAUCUCCACUUAUGAUGGCUGGAAAUUGCCCAUCUGGACUUAAAUGAGGAGAGAGCAAAGGAUGUGUGUGCCUAUAACAAAAACGAAAUGUCUUUCUUUUACAGCGUCGAUGAUCGGCCAGGAUUUUCUGCAGUGGAGUUCAGGCUGCGCAAUUUCUACUAUGACAUGGCACAAUAAGAGCACUGUGUACUGAACGGCUGUAAAUGGAGACACCAUGCAGGAAGCAAAUAUGAAGAAAGAAGAUGCUCUCCAGUGAAAAGAGUUCUGCUGUACAAAUGCCUUUGCAGCUUUUCAGAGCAUUUCUGCAGGAAUUGUUUUCCAAGUGGGGUUGCGUUUGUUCUUUGGAUAUUAAUUAUGCUUUUAACCUAUUGAUGCUGUUGGACUGGUAAGAAUGCUGGAGAACCGAGCAGACUGUCCCCACGCACUUUUCCUGCUCUCAGUAGAAUACCCGUAAUGCUAUUAAGAGAUAUUCAGUGCCUUAUUUGAUACUGCCACUUUCAUAACCUUUCCUUGGGAUAGUCAACACAGGGAUUGAUUUUGGACCGGAACUGAGUCCUGAGCCUGCUUCAAGUAGCCGAUUUCAGCCUUAAAACUGUGUUUGCCAAUGCAAAAUGCAGAAGAAGUGUGUUGUUCAUGUGCUAAACAAGAGCCUUGCUUUGGCUUCUGCUAGUACUUCUUCCUCACUGUUAAGUCCUAUUGAACACAGAAAUCUAAUUAUUCUGUAGGCUAUGUUCCACAACAGCAGCCUAAUCGCACCCUCUUUCUUGAUCUAUAUAACUUAAGGCUGCAGUACCUAAGGAAAUACUUGAGCAGUGAUUCUUGUUGAUUGACUUCUGAGUAUACAUUUUUUAAAAUGAACUAUAAUUUUCACAGUAACGAAAUACAGUGGUACCUCAGGUUAAAAACUUAAUUCGUUCUGGAGGUCUGUUCUUAACCUGAAACUGUUCUUAACCUGAAGCACCACUUUAGCUAAUGGGGCCUCCUGCGCCGCUACUGCACGAUUUCUGUUCUCAUCCUGAAGCAAAGUUCUUAACCCGAGGUACUGUUUCUGGGUUAGCGGAGUCUGUAACCUGAAGCGUAUGUAACCUGAAGCAUAUGUAACCUGAGGUACCACUGUAAAUAAAAUACACGAACUAGCCACCAACAGUGCAACUAAUCUUAACUGGUAUCUGCAGGCUGUAGCCACCAAUCCAGUGUGACUGUCCCAUCUUGUAGGCUGCUGAAAAGUACUUCCAUGGGAAGACACAGGAGUUGAUGGGCAUCACCUUUUGAAAGACUUCUGCUGCCCCUCAGAAUCUCCAGGUGAGCACUGCACAUCUCAGGAUUUGCUUGCAUGGAGAAGCUUAGAUGUGACUGAACCAAGGAAUGCAGCAAGAGCCUUCAGAUUUAGCACCCACUAUGCAGGAAUCCUUUCAUUGGUCCCCAUGCAUAGUUUGUCGCAUUUUAAAUAAGCCCUCAUAGCCUGCAUUAUUGCUACAAGAAGCUGGCUGGUGGAAGGCGCACCCCUGAAUUUCCAUCCCCUACCACCCUGAAGGGCCCCUAGAUUUACUGUCUUGAGCAUAAGCACUGCUCCUAAACAGUCCUGGAUCCAUUCCACAGCCUUCCACUGAGCUUUCUGAAGUGGCUUUGUUGCCUUAAUUGUGUCCCUGAAGACCAGCAACCAAAAUGAUCAUGGGACUGCAGGAACUCCCCUAUGAGCAACGGUACAACAGUUGAGUCUUUUCAGCACCUCAAAUGCAACAAAUAGAAAGGAUCAUGACAUUUAAAAAAUGGAAUAUCUCUUUGUAAUCAAGCAGUGCUGCAGAAUGUAAACUAAUGCCAAACAAUCAGAUUCAGAAAUCUUAGCACUAGGUCCUAUGAAUGCAAAAUGACUUUUUUAAAACAGUUUUUUUUAAAAUGAACUUCUAUUUUCAUUGCCUAUUUAUGUACAGAAAAUGCUUCUCUUAUAUUAUUUCAUAUGGUCUACAUUUUGAUUUUGAAAAACAAACAUCUGUUUAUUCCAUUUUUCCUGGCUGUUUGUUUUCCUUGGUCUGGUUUCUCAGUGCCUUUGUUCAGGGCCAGUUUAUAUCACGAGAAAUUCCACGGAUGGUGGUGGGAGUUGUAUUAGGACUGUGGUGAUAGCCCUUCCUUGUAUGAAUUUUGUGGUUCAUACAAGCCCUGCCUGUGGCUCAUAGAAAUCUGUGAGUGAUGUAGAUUGGGGAGUGCGGGCAAGGUAACUGGAAGUCCAGUCAUCAGGAAAUGUCACUGUCAUUUGCC